AUGGAAGAAAUCAAAGCUCGCGGCGGACGGAAAACGAACUUCGGCAAGGCAGCCCAUCGAAUGAGAGUGCAGAGAAUUGCCACUGAGCGGCGUGAGGCGGAGGACGCGCUGACGAGAGCGCCUGCAGAAGGCCAGGACCGGAUCCCGCUGGUGCGCAGCAAGCCGCCAGAACCAUGGUCGCACCACAGACCGAUGGACUUUGGCGACGUACCAGUACAUGAGCUGCCAAGGUAU